CGCGGCACAGAGCACCGAGCGGGGAGCGCAGGCCGGCGGCGGCGGCGGCUGCAGCGGUGGCGGCAAGGGCAGGCUCGAGCGCAGACGGCCGGCGCGCAGCGCGGCUGCCAUGGGCGCGCAGUGACUGCUGCUCAGCGCGAACUUUCUCGGCGGCGCGGAGCUCCCUGGUUGGCGGUGCGUCUCCUCGGUCACCAUGAAAGACGACUUCGCAGAGGAAGAGGAGGUGCAGUCCUUCGGUUACAAGAGGUUUGGUAUUCAGGAAGGAACACAAUGUACCAAAUGUAAAAAUAACUGGGCACUGAAGUUUUCUAUCAUAUUAUUAUACAUUUUGUGUGCCUUGCUAACAAUCACAGUAGCCAUUUUGGGAUACAAAGUUGUAGAGAAAAUGGACAAUGUUACAGGUGGCAUGGAGACAUCUCGCCAAACCUAUGAUGACAAGCUCACAGCAGUGGAAAGCGACCUGAAAAAAUUAGGGGACCAAACUGGGAAGAAAGCUAUAAGUACCAACUCAGAGCUCUCCACCUUCAGAUCAGAUAUUCUGGAUCUUCGACAACAACUUCGUGAGAUUACAGAAAAGACCAGCAAGAACAAAGAUACGCUGGAGAAAUUACAAGCGAGUGGGGAUGCACUGGUGGACAGGCAGAGCCAACUGAAAGAAACUUUGGAGAAUAACUCUUUCCUCAUCACUACUGUAAACAAAACCCUCCAGGCAUACAAUGGCUAUGUCACGAAUCUGCAACAAGAUACCAGCGCGCUGCAGGGCAAUCUGCAGAACCAAAUGUAUUCUCAUAACGUGGUCAUUAUGAACCUCAACAACCUCAACCUGACCCAGGUGCAGCAGAGGAAUCUUAUCACUAACCUGCAGCGCUCUGUGGAUGACACGAGCCAGGCUAUCCAGCGAAUCAAGAACGACUUCCAAAAUCUGCAGCAGGUUUUCCUUCAAGCCAAGAAGGACACUGAUUGGCUGAAGGAGAAAGUCCAGAGCUUGCAGACGCUGGCUGCCAAUAACUCUGCCUUGGCCAAAGCCAACAACGACACCCUAGAGGAUAUGAAUAGCCAGCUCAGUUCAUUCACAGGUCAAAUGGACAACAUCACCACGGCCUCACAAGCCAACGAGCAGAACCUGAAAGACCUGCAGGACAUACACAAGGAUUCAGAGAACAGAACAGCUAUCAAGUUCAGCCAGUUGGAGGAACGCUUCCAGCUCUUCGAAACAGAUAUUGUGAACAUCAUUAGCAACAUCAGUUACACAGCCCACCAUCUUCGGACACUGACCAGCAAUCUGAAUGAAGUCAGGACCACUUGCACGGACACCCUGACCAAACACACAGAUGAUCUGACUUCCUUGAAUAACACGUUGGCCAACAUCCGUUUGGAUUCUGUUUCUCUCAGGAUGCAACAAGAUAUGAUGAGGUCAAGGUUAGACACUGAAGUAGCCAACUUAUCAGUGAUUAUGGAGGAGAUGAAGCUGGUGGACUCCAAGCAUGGUCAGCUCAUCAAGAAUUUUACAAUACUACAAGGUCCUCCUGGCCCUAGGGGUCCAAAAGGUGACAAAGGACAGCAGGGACCCCCUGGUCCCACUGGCAACAAGGGACAGAAAGGAGAGAAGGGGGAGCCCGGUCCACCCGGCCCCACCGGUGAGAGGGGCCCAAUUGGGCUGGUCGGCCCCCCUGGAGAACGUGGCAGCAAAGGCUCCAAAGGCUCGCAGGGCCCCAAAGGCUCCCGCGGGUCCCCCGGGAAGCCUGGUCCUCAGGGACCCAGUGGGGACCCAGGCCCCCCAGGCCCACCAGGCAAAGAUGGACUCCCUGGCCCCCAGGGCCCUCCCGGCUUCCAGGGACUGCAGGGCACUGUGGGGGAGCCCGGGGUGCCUGGACCGCGGGGCCUGCCGGGCUUGCCCGGAGUACCAGGCAUGCCGGGCCCUAAGGGUCCCCCUGGCCCUCCAGGCCCAUCUGGGGCAGCAGUGCCCCUGGCCCUGCAGAACGAGCCAACCACCGCACCUGAGGCCAAUGGCUGCCCGCCUCACUGGAAGAACUUCACAGACAAAUGCUACUAUUUUUCUGUUGAGAAAGAAAUUUUUGAGGACGCGAAACUUUUUUGUGAACACAAGUCUUCACAUCUCGUUUUCAUAAACACAAAAGAGGAACAGCAAUGGAUAAAAAAGCAGAUGGUAGGGAGAGACAGCCACUGGAUUGGCCUCACAGACGUGGAGCAUGAAAGUGAAUGGAAGUGGCUGGAUGGGACGUCUCUAGAGUAUAAAAAUUGGAAAGCUGGACAGCCAGAUAACUGGGGCUAUGGCCAUGGGCCAGGAGAAGACUGUGCUGGGCUGAUUUACGCUGGGCAGUGGAACGAUUUCCAGUGUGAAGACAUCAAUAACUUCAUAUGCGAAAAAGACAGGGAUACAGGUCAUUGGUAUCUCCCAGAAAGGAGCUUGUACACUCACCUGGUGCCCUGAUCUUUGUGACAGCUG